AUGCCAUGGGCAAGCCAGUUGCCUGAGGGCUUCCUUCCGGUUCUGGCAUCGUCGGCCUGGACAGAGUCUGAGACCGCCAACGGCUGGCUCCAGGAGUCCAACUUGGCGCUGCUGCUGACAGGCCUGCUGAGUCUCUGGAUCGCCUCGGUUCUGACAUACGGAUGCUGCAGCUCUUACUGUCAGAAGGGCAGCUUUUAUGAGCCCAUCACGGUGAGCAGCAUUGCAUGGAAGCGGAAAAAGGACUGGCGCAUGUACCUGAAUUACGCAUUGCUGCUGCCUUUGCACUUCAUCCGGUCUAUGGAGACUGCAUCUGGAGAUCACAAUGUGUACUCCUCUGCAGAGAAGGAGUUCUUAGCGUCACGAAGGAAGGUCUUCAACGAUGCCGUGGUGAACUUCCUCUCUGUUCGCCGCAGCAUGAUGUUUGUCUCCGGGCUCUUCGGGCUGCUGACGCUCUGCAUUCAGAUGGCCGAGGUUCCUCGCACCUGGGAGGGAAGACAGGCCUGGAUCCAGAAGAGCCACAUCGAGAUCCAAGGUGAGGUGGUCAAGUUCGAACACUUCGUGGAACUGUCGGGCAAGAAUUGGACUAGCAAAGACCCCGAGGCCUGGUUUCAGUACAGCUCCCACCUCUACACGGGCAUGUUUGCAAAGAUUAUUUCCCAAACCGCCUUGAUCGAUGUCUUGGAUGAAGCCUUGGUCAACGUUGGCUGCCAAGCUGUGAGCUGUUCUUACCUUUGGUGGUCGCUGAGGAAGUGGUCGGCUUUCCGCCUGUCCCAUCGAGGAGUGCUUACUGGCUGGCUUGCUGGCCCCGUUCCUUGGCACGCUGAUUCCCACUCGCCUCUUUGUAGAGUGGAGAUGCGUGUUAGAUCCGGUGGUUCAUACCUUCGCCGCAGAGCUCUCGCAUCACCUGGGCGACCACUCCGAUGA